AUGGACCAGUCAUUAUCUUGUGAUUUCGACAAUAUUUUAAUACCUUUAUGCAAUUGGCAACAUGAUUUAAACGAUUGGCGUGGACGAUGGAAACAUUGGAUAUCACCUACUGAUAAUCAUAAUCAGUUAGGAGAUAAACAUUUAUGUCUGGAGUUGAAUAAAGAAGAUUCUAAUGAUGAUUCUACGGAGGUGAUUGAUUUAACGGUUCGCCUAUGGAGUCAGUUAAUACGAAUUAGAAAAUUAUCUGAGCAACAAAAACCGAAGUGUUUAAGUUUAUCUUAUCAUUUAGACAAUGGUUUACUGCAAAACCCGACUGAUAAUCAGUCACAGCCUAAAUUGUCUGUACUAAUGCGUCGUGAAGGGUGA